GACUUGUUUCUCUGUCUUUGUUUCUACUUUAUUCUUUAGAAGGCGGUGAUGCUGUACUCACCACUAUAGUUUAUUCGCCUUGAUCAGUGUGUGAUCUUCAAGCAGGUUGUAGCUACUGUUGAUCUGUGGAUUGUUGUCUGAUAUUUCAGUUAUCUAGAAGAAAGCCAUGGCACUCGUCACCAGAGGACUCCAUAGGAUAUUCUUGUGGACCAAAAGACAAAAUAAUACAAUUACAGGACCCUUUUUGCAUGGUGUGAAGUGCUUCGAGGAGACCAGCAUGGAGAACAAAGUCACACAGAUCUCUCGAGAAGAUCUGGAGGACCUGAGAGAAGCUUUCAACAAAAUCGAUAUCGAUAACAGUGGCUAUGUGAGUGAUUUUGAGCUUCAAGAGCUCUUUCGAGAAGCCAGUUUUCACCUCCCUGGAUACCAGAUACGGGAGAUUGUGGAGAAGUUCAUUGCCGGUGACACCAACAAAGAUGAGAAGAUCAGUUUCGAAGAGUUUGUUGCAAUAUCCCAAGAGCUGAGAAGUAAAGAAGUCAGAGAAACUUUCCGCAAGUGUAUCUCCAGGCGGGAUGGGAUUCGGUCAUUUGGUGGGACAUCGGGGAUCUCGAGUGAAGGAACCCAGCAUUCCUACUCAGAUGAAGAAAAAGUGGCCUUUGUGAACUGGGUCAAUAAAGCCUUGGCAAACGAUCCCGACUGCAAACAUCUGAUCCCGAUGGACCCCGGGACUGACAGUUUAUUCAAAUCCGUGAAAGAUGGAAUUUUGCUGUGUAAAAUGAUUAACCUGUCACAGCCAGACACCAUCGAUGAGCGGGUCAUCAACAAGAAAUGCACUCCGUUCACAAUGACUGAGAAUUUGAUGUUGGCUCUCAACUCUGCCUCUGCGAUCGGCUGUACGGUGGUCAACAUCGACGCACAGGACAUGAAAGCCGGGACCCCUCACCUUGUGCUCGGCCUCCUGUGGCAAAUCAUAAAAAUCGGCCUCUUCGCUGACAUCGAGAUCUCGCGCAACGAAGCGCUAAUUGCUUUGCUGGAUGAGUCAGAAGAGCUGGACCACCUUAUGUCAAUGUCCCCUGAGGACCUUUUGCUCCGAUGGGUCAACUAUCACCUCAAAGCUGCUGGAUGGAAACAGAUCAGAAACUUCGGUGAAGAUAUCAAGGACUCCAGGGCAUAUUUCCACCUGCUUAAUCAGAUCUCACCCAAAGGAGACUUGGAUGACCAGAUGAGGAUUGACAUUGACAUGUUAGGACUGAGCGAGCGUGAUGAUGAGAUGCGAGCAGAGCUGAUGCUGAGGCAGGCGGCUCGUCUGGACUGCAGACAGUUUGUCACUCCCAAGGACGUGGUUGCAGGAAACCAUAAGCUCAACAUGGCGUUCGUGGCCAAUCUUUUCAACAUGUACCCGGCCUUGAACAGACCCACCGACAACGGCAUUGAUUAUGCAAUCGAGGGGGAAACGAGAGAGGACAGAACAUUCAGGAACUGGAUGAAUUCUCUGGGGGUCUCUCCAUACGUCAAUCACCUAUACAGUGAUCUGCACGACGGCCUCAUCAUUCUUCAGUUAUAUGAGAGAAUCCAGAUACCGGUUGACUGGCCCAGAGUCAACAAACCUCCUUAUCCUGUACUCGGCUCCAACAUGAAGAAGCUUGAGAAUUGCAAUUAUGCGGUUGCGCUGGGCAAAAAGGAAGCAAAGUUUUCCUUGGUAGGAAUCGGCGGUGAGAAUAUCAAUGAGGGAAGCCCCAUGCACACGCUGGCACUGGUCUGGCAACUAAUGAGAAGGUACACACUGAAGGUUCUGUCUGAUCUUGGGGAUGGGGAAAAAGUCAGUGACCAAAUAAUAAUCAACUGGGUGAACAGCACCCUUAAACAAGGCAAUAAAAACUCCUCCAUUAGCAGCUUCAAGGACAAAUCGAUCAGCACAAGCCUGCCAGUGAUUGAUCUGAUCGACACCAUUGUGCCCAAAGCCAUUAAAUACGAGAUGGUGAAGAGCGGCGACAUGACGGCAGAGGACAAGCUAAACAAUGCAAAAUAUGCAAUCUCUGUGGCACGAAAAAUAGGAGUCAAGGUGUACGCCCUGCCCGAUGACCUUGUGGAGGUCAAACCCAAGAUGGUGAUGACGGUGUUCGCGUGCCUUAUGGGAAGAGGCUUGAAGAAAGUCGACGGCUGACCUUUGUGAAGGACUCUUGUCAGAAACACACAACCCUCACAUUGCACUUUUCCUUCUCCUGACUUCCAUUUAUAGCUUGAUAGUGAAUAUGUUGUUUUCAGAUCAACGUAGAGCGGAGAUCCAAAUUAGAGAACUACUGGAUUUUUCCAAAUUUAGUUCAUAAUUUGAAGGAAUAUUAGUUUUGGUUGAAUCAUGCUUCUAAUAAACAUUUGCGCUCACUCUGCCAUAUACAGUUGAAGUCAGAAUUAUUAGCCUUCUUGAAUUAUUAGCCACCCUGUGUAUUUUUUUUCAACAAAAUAAAUAUUUUUUCACAACCCAG